AUGGAAAAAGAUCAAGAUUGCACAAAUAUGCCACCAUCUCCACCCUCUAAGGACCAAUUGGAUGAAUUAAUCCGAGAAAUCAAUCAAUGGGCCAUUACUAAUGGAUUAACUAUGUAUCCACCGAAAUUCGAAGCAAAUCCAUCAAGUGCUUCGGUGUCACCGGUAACUGUCUACCCAACUCCAAUUCCCAAGAGUUGUUAUGAUGAAGCCGUUGAAAUCCAGCCAGUGUUCAAUGAACUAUACGCCCGUAUAACCCAAGAUAUGGCCCAUUCUGAUUCUUUUUUGUAUAAAGAGACUGAAGCAUUGGCUUUAUCGGAUUCCGAAUUCACCGGUAGACUGUGGUCCUUAUACCUUGAAACUUUAAAAAUGGCAGCAAACAGAAAGCAAGCCUUAAAGUUAGGUAUAUUUAGAUCUGAUUAUCUGAUCGAUAAAAAAAACGAUAAUGAUCAAAUUAAGCAAGUUGAGUUCAAUACAGUGUCUGUUUCCUUUGCAGGUCUCAGUGGGAAAGUUGAUCGAUUGCAUACUUUCUUGAAUAAGGCAAACAAAUAUGAUAUCAAAGGGCCAUACUAUAAUGAAUCUGACAUGAUUGUUUCCGAGUCAGGGCUUCUGCUGUCUAAGGCAUUGGCCAAAGCUGUUGAGUCGUAUAAGUUACAACGAGAGAAUUCGGUUUCUAAUGACCCUAUUGUAGCGUUCAUUGUGCAGAGAAAUGAAAGAAACGUUUUUGAUCAAAAAAUAUUGGAACUAAACUUACUGGAAAAGUUCAAUGUCAAAUCUAUUAGGUUGACAUUUGAUGAUGUUCAUGAAAAAUUGUUCAUCGAUAAUGAGACUGGAAAACUAUAUGUUAAGGAUUCUAAGCAAGAAAUAGCGGUGGUGUAUUACAGAACUGGUUAUACCACCACUGAUUAUACCUCCGAAAAGGAUUGGGAGGCAAGACUAUUCCUUGAAAGUAGCUUUGCCAUUAAAGCCCCAGAUUUACUUACUCAAUUAUCUGGUUCCAAGAAAAUUCAGCAACUGCUAACUGAUGAAAACGUACUAAAUAAAUAUGCUUCUAAUUCUGAGCAAAAGAAUAACUUGUUAAAGACAUUCGUCAAAAUAUAUCCGUUGGAUGAUACAGAUUUGGGUAAAGAAGGUAAGAGAUUGGCCCUGACUGACCCUCUGAAAUACGUGCUAAAACCACAAAGGGAGGGUGGUGGAAACAACGUUUACAAGGAAAACAUUCCUGGUUUCUUGAAAGGUAUCGAAGAACGCCACUGGGAUGCGUAUAUCCUCAUGGAGUUGAUUGAGCCCGAAUUAAAUAAAGAGAAUGUUAUACUACGGGAUAACAAACCUUAUGACGAAGCUAUUAUCAGUGAGUUAGGAAUUUAUGGUUGUAUUUUAUUCGACGACAAAGAGGUUUUAGUGAACGAAUUUAGUGGCUCAUUAUUAAGAUCCAAAGUCAAUACUUCAAAUGAAGGUGGAGUGGCAGCAGGGUUUGGAUGCUUAGACAGUAUCAUUUUAUACUGA